AUCCUCUGUCAGGCAGCUGAGAUCCCCAGGGGGGAAAAGGCCAGUGCAAAGGAGGAAAAGGCAACCAACACCAAGUUGUGGCCGGGCCGCGAGCAGAAACGGCCAGCAAGAAAGAGCAAGUGCAACCUGACUGCCUGGUGGGAGAACGACCUUGGCUCCAGGAUGCUGGUGUCCACAGUGGACAGCCAGGGCAACUUCUCCGGCGAGUACCACACCGCUGUAUCAAGCGCCCAGAAACCCAUCGAGCCAUCCCCCCUCAUUGGCUCCCAGCACUUGGAUGAGGAUGGGCAAUGCACCUUCGGCUUCACCGUCAACUGGAAGAAGUUUUCUGACUCCACAGCUGUCUUCGUGGGCCAGUGCUUUGCUGGGGACGAUGGGGAGGAGGUCCUGCAGACCUCCUGGCUUCUGCGGGAGAAGGUUGACUCCCUGUCCAGCGACUGGAAAGCCACCAGGUCUGGCCACAACGUCUUCGUUCGGACAGCCUGA